GAUUUGCUUAAAAUGACAUAUUUCAGUUAACGUGUGCGUAGAACGUCGACCAAUCAAAUACGAGAGUUUUGUAGAGAAUCGUUGGAAAGAAUACACACAAUCCAACACAAUUAUAGGAACGGUGGUGCGGCUGGGAGUUACAAGUUGAACGCAAUAUCUUGUUCGUAUUUUGGUUUGGAUAUUAGUUUCUAAUACAACGGAUAGGAACUAUAGAAUAGGAUUUAGCCAGAUAAAUAAAGAUAACAAUGACCAGCGAGUGGCUUAAAAUGCUACACGCCGGAAAUGAAGCUGGAAUUUGGCUGGAAAAGUUAAAACACCACGAAGAAAGUGACACAGUAGAAGAGGCAAAAAAGUGCGAGAGCCAGCUAUCCUCGAUGAAGGCAAACAGCUGUUCGCCUUGCAUAGCUCCUAAUCGUACUAUGGAAAUGGAACAAGAGGAUAACAAUUCCUGUUGGAGCAAUCUGCCUUGUGUCAUUUUGCAAGAAAUAUUUUCAUAUUUGUCUCAUGAGAACAGAAUAAUAGCCUCUCAGGUGUGUAGAAAUUGGAGAACUACAUUAUUCCAUCCGAGUUUCUGGAGAAAAAUCACUUUUGUUUUGAAAGACAGUGAUAGUAUUUUAUGGUCUAGGAGUCUGGCAGAUAGUUUUGGACUUAGUGUCCACGAAGCAACCAUAAAAUGUGACAUACCAAGUCAUAUUGUAGAAACUUCUUAUAUCCUGAAAAAAUUAAGCUGUAAUAGGCAAUUGCGAAAAUUAUUCUUGGAAUAUAGUAGUAACAUAUGUGAACGUACUAAUUGGUACAUGGAAAGCGAGACUGACAGUCCAACAAACAGUGUGUCUUUAAUGAAAUCCAUUGCGAAAAUUAUUGAAAGAUCUAACCAUUUGGAAGCUCUGAGUCUAGGAUACAUAGAAGAGUUAGCAACAAAUGCUGAUUUAAUUUUAGAACCAUUAAUUUUACAUCAUGCUAAACAUUUAACGCAUCUUAGUUUAGCAUCUGUCAAAGAUGAUCCAGAGCAUUAUGACUUUAUAGAAUUGGAAGAAUAUAAUUUUAAAUCAUUUAUUAGAUUGACAGUUUUAACAGUAGAUUAUGACGUUGUUAAUGAUGCCUUACUCAGAGCUUUAGACAGUGGCACCAUGAGAAAGCUAGUAAUACAUGUACAUGGUUGGCAUACUGAUUACUUAGGAACAUCAAAUGCAGGCUGGGAACUGUUUGUUCAAAAGAAUCCCAAAUGUGAGUUACGACUAAAUCUCAUACAUUCUUACCUUGGUGUACAAGUAUUACAUUCGGAAAUUCUUCAACCUGCUAUGCCUCUUACACAAUUAAAAAUAUUAUUCUGUGAAAAAUUUAAUAUAGAGGUACUACAUCGAUUAUCAAGUUGGUAUUUUGAUACAUUCAAAUCUCUCAUAUGGAUAGAUUCUAUAGAUACAACGGUAAAUACUCCUGCUACAUACGACCCUAACGAGCCAGAUAGCCCAGAUCCUCUAGUAUUCGUGGCUUGGAAGUGUACUAAUCUCGUGGAAAUAGUGUUGAUAGGACACAAAUAUUACCAAGAGAAUCUAUUAGCCAUCGCACGUCUCAGAGGAAGUAAACUCGAACAUCUUAUAUUUGCAGAAAGUGAUAUUGCGUCUGACAGCGAAUCGUGGCACAAAACUGAUGCCAUUAAUCAUGAAAUACAAGAGAUAAUGGGUAGACACUGGUCACCUUUAAGUAGGAAAGAAUUACCAACAGUAGUGUUAAAUCCGUUUGCUGGUGACAGCAGGGAGGUUAUUAUGCCGUUUAUCCUCUGCGAUGAGAAGUAACUUCCAAAAAAAAUGCCAAGAAAAUGUCAUCCAAGGACUAACCACUAACUACCACGACCACUUAUGGAAGGAGAACAUUUUCAGAAGUACCAACUGUAAAGUUAUAUUCUUUAUUUUUCUAUAAGAUUUUUUUUUGUACACAACGCGGUGAAUACGUAUAAUGAGUUAAUAGUCCAAAAUCUAAUUAACGCAUACUGCCAUCCGUCAGCUAGUUGUUAAAUGUAACUUAUUAAGUAGCGAAGAGGAUGAAAAUAGUCGUACCAUACUAUCGCGCCGUGAUAUUACCAAUUCUUCUAUGGAUGUGAUAUGUAUACGGAGCUCGCAUUUACAAUUUCGCUAUACGUUUGCGAGUUUAACGUGCAUCAAUGUUCCUCUUUUAACGAUCAUGUUUUAUCUGAAACCAUUCCUUAAAGGAAGACUUAUUCCUUAUAUGCACAAAACUAAAUUUGUGGCACAACCAAGGAAGAAAUACAUAGUUAAUGGUGUUAUGGAUCGUCGUGGAUCAUCGAUGUUCUUAAGCUCGAUUACCGAUGUAUAGUACACGAUCAAUCCCCAAUUCUCUAUCAAUAAACCUACCUCUCGUGUCUUUCUAACGACGAAACGUCCAAAUUGAACGCAAAUUACAAUGUAAUAUUAAUUACAAUGAUUAUGAGAGAGAAAGAGAGAUAGAGAUAAAAUUAGAAAGAGAGAGAGAGAGAGAGAAAGAGAAAGAAAACGAUUUUCUAUAAUCCUUACGACGGAUGGUAGGAAUGACUUAAUUUAUGCUGUGAUUUUUCUUCGUUGGGGAAACUAUGCAGGGAAUCGCGUCAUUAUAUUGACAAUGAUAAUCUUAAACUAUCAGGUAUAUAUCCUCACCGCGAUCUUUAUUUUAUACUGAUCGUUCCUCUCACCCAAGUAAAUAUCAUCGAUACCCCUGUGAAGAAAAAUAAUAAGUAAAUUUCGUGUAGAUAUAACUCAGUACCUUGGUGGUGUAUAUGAGAAUUAGGUUAAAUCUAACCAAAAAUUGAAGAAGAAAACGUCAAGGUCAGGCUACAAGAAUAGCAUUUUUGACGUAUACCUAAUGUUGUAGCGUAUCAUUACAGAUAAUAUUUAUUAGCCAAAGUAAAUAAUUUGAAGAAGAAAGACGAUCAUCUAUGAGAUAGACGUGAGAGAAAUUCCUUAUAAAACUAUUUAGAGAAAAAGGUAGAGAGGUACGAUCUCGUGAUCUUCCACAGGAAAACUAAUUAAUACAAAAAUUCCAGAAACGUUUAUGUGUAUAAGUAGAAGAGAGAAGUGUCGUUCUUAACGGAUAUUUUUCCAAUCCAUUGAAAGAAAAUGAAUGUAGAUAAGAAUAAAAAAAGAAAAACAGGGAGGUGCCAAGCGUUCGUUAAGAGCAUACUGUGCGACUCUAUACUAAGAGAAAUAUUUAAAAACAACUCGAUAGAAUAUACAUACUUUUAAAAGAGUAUUGCGUAGUUUGUAUUAAAGGCACAGGAGGUACAGAGUCAAACUCAAUAAAGAGAAGUCGAACAGCGUUCCGAGGUUAUUUUUAAUACCAAAACCAAUCGGACGCAAUUGUAAAAAAGAGAAAAAAAGAAAAGAUAUGAAGAAGACAAAAAAGUUAGAGAAAAUGCUUUAACAUGAAUGCGCGCACGCUGAAGUCGGUGAAGUAAUAUAUAUCUAUAUAUAUACACAUGCAUACAAGAGAUAUAGCCAAGGAAGAUAAAUCAUACAGAAUAUCGUACGGUAAUAUGUGUGUAUAUCAUAUAAACUAUGAUCAACAAUCGUUUGUUCUGUACGUAUGUACCAUUUUUCUCCAUCAUGCUCUUAGCGAACGCCAAUACAGAAGUAUAUAGUUAUCUAACGAUGAUCGAAGAUAAUAGCUCUACUAAUCGUAUAUAUAUACAUAUAUAUAUAUAUAUAUAUAUAUAUGUAUGUAUGUAUAUAUGUAAGUAUAUCUGUACUACUAAUCUAUCGAAGUUUAACGUUUAAUAUUUGGGUGCGAUAAAAAGCACUCGCAUUUCUAUCGUGCGAUUAAAAUAUAAUGGUGAUGAUUUUGAAUGUUAUUUACAAAGAAGCCAUAUAUAAUAUAACACGUGAAAAAGGGUGGAAUAACACAAAAUGAUAAGUAAAAAAAGAAGAAAACAAGUAAUGAAAAAAAAAAAGAAAAGAAACCAACGUAUAUAUAGUUAUACUAUUCUGAGAUGCGAUUUACUUUUUUUCAAAUCCUUGUAUAUUUAUUAACGUUGUCGUAUGUACAUUGUAGUCACGUAUUAUAUUUCAUUCUUUUUUACAUGUGAUCCUGUACAUACACCUCAUGCGUCGAAAUCUUUAAACGAAAAGAAGAAAAAAAGUAAAAAAAGAAACCAAAAGAAAAGAAAACAGAAAAUCAAAUCAAAGCAGAAGUAUUUCCACACUUAUAUGCAAAAGAAAAGCCGCGAUAAUGUGCCCCCUUAAAACACUAUGUGUAUGUAAGUAAAAUCAAGAAUAAGAAAUGCGAAUAGCAAUUGUAAUACGUGUAAUAUCUAUAUACAUGCAUAUGUAUUUACAUAUGUAUGUAUGUAUAUAUGUUUAUAUACAUCACGCAUGCGAAAAAUUCGAUCAAUUGUAAGGCAUAAAAUUGUAUGCGAAGGAACGAUAUUCCUCUAAAGCGAACAUAUAGAAACGAAAGUAAGAGACAAAUGUAAGAUGCCGCUAUAAUACAAGAUGAACGGGCCUUAAUAUGUACCUGAGUCGCGGUGUAAGAAUAAUUUUGACGAAACGUUUGACGCGCGACGUUCGCGAUAAAAAAAAAAGAAAGAAAGAGAAGAAACAUACACGUACACGCUAAAAAUCUAAUAAAAGAAUCUUUAGUAGACAAUUUUUGCGAACCAUUUGGUAAUAAUGAAGCCAAUUGUUUAUUAAAAAAAUGACUAGAGGUUAAAAUAAAUGAAGAAAUGCGUUUGUGACAGCCCUUUCAUUUCGUACUACAUGCACGAACAAUUAAUUAAUUGUAUUUUCCUUCUAUUGUACGAUGUGUAAAAACGUUGAACGCGAAAAAGAGAUAGAGAAAGGGAGAGAGAGUGAAAGGGAAAAAGAAAGAAGCUAA